AGUAAAGUUGAGUCACUGUGUUUACUCACAUUCUUCACUCCUCAGUCCAGAAAACCAUCGUUUUGCUCUCAAAUUCUCUUAUUCUCAGUUGACAUGUCUACCGGACGCCAUCAAUCUGAUGAAGAUCCUCCGGUUAUCAAACUUAAGGUUAUGAUUGACAAGACUAGAAACCGAGUAAUCUUUGCAGAGUCGGACCAUGAGUUCAUUGAAACACUUUUGUCAUUCUUGACAGUCCCUUUAGGCACAGUUCUAAGACUUCUUGAAAAAGAUAUGGUUCAACUGGGGUCCAUUAGCCGCAUCUACGCUAGUGUUUAUUCUCUUGAUCCUAGGUUCUUGCGUACAAGCUAUUGCAAAUCUAUGUUGAUCACGCCCCGAAACGCAUCAGAAGUUCAGUGUGAAAAGUUGAAGCUCAACGUUGAUCAUUCGGAGAUUGCAGGGAAGUUGUUUGCAUGUUCUUCAUACUCUUGCUAUGAAAUAAAAAACUUUUAUAGUCUCUUUACGAAUGCAAGUUGCCGUUGUGGUUCUCCAAUGAGAUCACCAAGAAGUGUUAAUAAGAAGGGAGAGGAUAGAAGUUCUGGGGGAGAAGGUGGGGAUGGAGUUUUUCUGAAGGCUGGUGCAGCGAGCUUUAUGAUCACUGAUGAUUUACAGAUAAUGCCAGCCUCAACUGCUAGCUUAACUGCUUUGUUUGGAAAGCUUGGAGUCAGUGACAAGAACGAAAUCGAGGAAAAGACCGUAGAAGUUGGCACUAAAGAGGUGCUUCGACUUCUGAAAGUUUCAUUGCUCUCCAAGACACCUUUGACAAAUAUGGUAUUGACUAGCCAGGGGAAUUGGGUGAAAGAUACAUCAAAGUUUGAAGAUACCCUAACUGCCAAGUUAGACAAGAAGGCCGUUUCUCAAAACUCAAAUAGUAUGAGCCUGAAGCUUAUAGUUAGCAAAAGUAAGCAAAAAGUUCUGUAUGCGGAAGCUGGGGUCAAGCUUGUAGAUUUCCUUUUCAGUUUCCUUGCAUUCCCUUUAGGGGUUGUGGUAAAGCUUCUAGGUGGCAACUCAAGACUUGGGUGCAUCGAUAAUUUGUACAAGGGCACUGCGAAUUUGAGUUCAGAAAACUAUAUUAAAUCAGAAGAGUGCAAAAAUAGGCUACUCUCUCCGAAAUUGUUCCCAUACUCUGGUUUUGACAGUCAUAUUCUUCGGGUGGAAGAGGAAUGCCGAAAAUACAGAUAUGAUGGCUUUGGAGGUUUAGAAUUAGUAAGGAACACUAAUAAAAUCGAGGGGUCAUCAAUAGAAUAUGAGGAAGAAGCUAGCAAUUUACCCAUUAUUUUGGAUCCAAAAUCUCCAUCAGGAGAAACUAUAAAGGGUGAAGGAUACUUGAAAGGACCUGCAACAUUUAUGAUAUUGGAUAAUCUUCUAGUGACUCAGUUUUCCCCUACCUCGAUCAUAACUCUUCUUAAUCAAAUGAAGGUGUCAACCGGUGACUUGGAGGAGCGCACUGUAUUCAUUGGAGAGUAUGAGGCCCUGAAUUUGUUGAAAGCUUCUUUAAUCUCAAAAACAGUUCUAAAUGAUGUUUUCAACAGAAGGGAACCCUAUCCCGAGAUUAUGCUUAAAGUGUGAACUUACAAACACGAAGGAGACGCGAGCAUCAUGGUGUGUGUAUUUGCUUAUAUUGAGAUUUGGUCUAAGAGAUGUUAUUGCCAUAUGGACUAUUGUGUGAUUAUAUCACAUCUACUGUUGAUUGUAUAUGUAUAAUAUGUACAUACUAGCCACCACAUUGCCUGAACCCGAGUAGGUUGUGGAUGAAAUUGUCUAUACCAACAAAUCUUGUCUCUUUAUCUACUGCCAAUGUCAACUAAUUAUGGUGGCUGUUACAACGUUGCAUCUUAUUUACUA